AUGGCUCCAGCUCCUCCCUCGCCCAAAGAAACACCAGCGCCUGAGAAACGGCCAUCUCACCAGUUCCCGCUGCCUAAGUUGCGCCUGGAGAUCCGUGAUCUCCAUCAUGGCGGAUCUCAAGCAUUCCUCACCGCCGUGACCGCCAGCGACGCCCUUCGGAAGUCAGCCCAGGAUGUACUGUCUCUGUUAUACCAGUCUCCAAAUUCGCCUACAACCACGGUUCCUCCAACACGAUCGGUGACCUUGAUUCUACGCUCCAUGCCAGGUGUCGCCUAUACUACUGGCAGCGACCUGGACGCCGACCAUAAAGAAAUACAUUUCUCUCUCGACUACAUCCACUCCUCUAUUUCUCCUUCACGCAAGACCGAAGAGAUUAUGGGAGUUCUCACACACGAAAUGGUCCAUUGCUACCAAUAUAAUGGUUUCGGGACGUGCCCUGGGGGGCUUGUUGAGGGAAUCGCCGACUGGGUACGAUUAAACGCAGAUCUGAGUCCUCCCCAUUGGAAAAGGGAAGCCAGUGGCAAAUGGGACGCCGGUUACCAGCAUACCGGCUAUUUCCUUGAAUAUCUAGAGCAAAGAUUUGGAACCGGCCUCGUUCGGAGGAUGAACGAGAAAUUGCGCAUCGAGCGAUAUGAGGAAAAGAGAUUUUGGACAGAGUUAUGCGGGCGCCCCGCGGAUCAAUUAUGGGCAGAUUAUGGGGAAGCGAUUCAGAAGGACACAAAAAAGGCUGAUGAGGAUGAGUGUGUACUUGUGGAGCGAGAGGACGCCGCUACUCCAAAAAGCGGCUAA